AUGGAAGGCUACGAUUCGCUGAGUGCGUAUGCAGCAACUUACCCAUCCUUACAGAUUCACAGAAGCUUCUCUAUACUGAACCAGCGCACUGUAAAUCUGCUGGAGGCGGAGCUUGCCGAGAAAGAGAGACAACUUGUCAUUGCUAUAGAGAAUGACCGCCAGUCAGAAGACAGUGAGAGGAGGCGAUAUUCCCUUCAUUUUGGCACAUUACUCAAGGCAAACCCAGUUGGUGACAACAACUACCCCAAACAGAAGGCUCUGGCUCUCGAAGUGGCAGGCUUGUUAAAGCAGUACAUACCUGAUACAGAUGAUUUACUUCUCCAGAACCAUGCUCUGAAUAAGCUUCGGACGGUGCGAAAGUUCGAUCUAGAGUGUGUGCGAAACGUGUUGAAGAGACAGCCUGAUAUUGAGUCUGGUUUCUUUCUUUCUGGGGCAGAACUCUCCACAUGGGCCGAAGAAAAUGAAAGAGAUCUUGUUUCACUGAGAAACCACAACGAUGAUCUGGAUGCACUUUCAACAUUGAUUGAUUGGCUUGUACAAAGAUUCUACUUUGGAAUAUGGAAAAAGGCACCACGGGAACGGUUUCCAGUACCUCGGUGCUGGGCUCCUCUCCACCCUGCUGAUAUGGCCUGGUAUCCUGACGGAACAUUGACUCCUAUCGUCGGCAUCGUCACGAUAGUUCUCGCAUCUGCUUUGCCCUCGCUAUCAGCAUUCGGUCUUUUUUGGGUCACUGAUCCCCUCAUCAGGAUUGGAAUGGUCGUCUUGCUGUCCUUCCUUUUCAGUUCAGCUCUAGCACUCGUCGGUGUCCCCCGCCGUAUCGAUGCUUUUGUCGCGUCGUCGACUUAUAUUGCCGUGCUCUUGGUCUUUGUAGGGAGC